AUGGACUCAGGAUCCCCUCCUUCGUUCCUUUCCCUCCCCAUUCACGUCCGCAAGAGGAUAUACUUCUUCGCAGGCUUGACCAGGGAGUGUCCAAUCGUUAUGAUCCCUCCCUCUCCAGCUAUAACUCGUUCUACGCUCAACCGUGACCCAGCUGAGACGCGUCUGGAUGACGGACUGGUCUGCAAUUUUGCAUCGCGCAACAGAGGGCGGGGGUUGGGGUUACACAUGCCACAUGAGAGCCGGGAGUGCGAAUGCCCAGAAGUCCCAAAGCAGCUUCUUCUCAUCAACAAAGCUCUCCAUGGAGAAAUCCGAGAUAUUCUGUAUGGCGAAAAUCAAUUCGUGUUGCGCGCACGUCGGCCAGACGAUCUUGAACUGCUUUAUAAGCUUUCGGAUGAUGCACUACGUGCUUUGAGCCAUCUGUUGAUCCGAUUGAACAGCUGGCCAUGCUAUCGCGGGCAUAGCUCUGAUCUUCUCUACAAACUGAGAUCCACUAGCCAAUGCUUGACAUGUGAGGCACCCGUGUCUAAGAGUGAUGGCCAGAUUUUCGUCGAUCCGGAGAAAUCUAAAUCGAUGGAGACGUGGUCGAAUUUUUGCCAGCGUCUUGCGUCCUGUCUUGCACCCGGACGUCUGAAUUUGGAAUUCAUUUGCGAUGUUGGAGAUCUUCGAACAGGUGAGAAAUUUGCCGAGUCGCUUCAGGUCCUCCGACAGCAGCUCAAGAGCUGCGCUAUCAGACUUGGCAGACGGCGAGACGCUCGUCUCCGCUCGCUCGCCCGUUCUACCGCAGCCAACUUGACUGCUAGCCAGCCAGAAAGCGAAGAAUCUCCAUUUCCAUUUCUUUUAUUACCACACGAGGUUCGCCUCCGGGUUCUCAGCUACACGAACCUCGGACCACACGGUCCCUUCAAACCAGAGUGGAGCGACAUCACCAUCAAACGUGGGAAAUUUAGCCAAAGUUAUCCCAAGGACGACCGGUCUCUCGUCUACCGAAGGGCUUGUUGCCUCGACUGUUCAUUCACAAAAUUGGACUGCACUUGCCCUUUGAACUAUUCGUCUGUCUCUCCCAAUUGCACAUGCAGAGACCUGCCUCUUGAUCUCCUCCGUGUCAAUCAGCAGAUGAACACGGAAGCAGCGCAAGUUCUCUUUGCGACAAACAUGUUUUCAUUUGAAGGCCCCUUUACCGAUACGCUCAAAAUGCUCCGUUCCCUGGAUCCUGCCUCUUUGAAACUCUUCAGGCGAAUUAGGUUUCGUUUUGAGGCAGGUCAGAUUUUCAAAUGGAGAACGUAUAAGCAGAGCUGGACCGAUCUUAUCUCCUUCAUCGGACAGAACUUUGAUACACCUCGUCUCUUCAUUGUAUUCGAUACAAAUGUUGACAGUCAAUCGUGUCGUGAGCGCCACCAUGAUCAAACGAUCAUGAACACGGUAUAUGACGGCUAUGUUUUCUUCAUGCAAGAAAUGAAAGCUCACAUCACUGUCUUGUUGGAUUUUCAUGUGACUCUUGGAGUCUUUCACUAUCUGGAGAGGAUCUUUGAGAAGCACAUCCUGGGUCAAGAGUACGACAGUCAUCGCGGUAAUCAAUAUUCGAAGCCUGCACGCAUUUUUGAGGCGGAUCCCGAUGAUGAUGAUGAUGACUCAGAGGAGGAGGCACUGAUUGGGGUUAGAUUUUGA